CUCACCGUGUAGCAGGUGCUGGUGGGGGACGCUGGCUGUGAGCUCCCCAUGGGAUGCAGAUGUCCCUGGGGCCUCCGGGUGGUCAGGGCAGCAGCACAUCCAACUCCCGUGCCCCCACUGAUGUAUCUUCUCUGCAGAUCCCUGCUCACAGGACUCUACCCUCCCACAUCCGGGACCAUCACCGUCAAUGGCAGGAGCCUGCAGAAGGACCCGUCGGUGGUCAGGGCGGAGCUGGGGGUGUGUCUGCAGUGGGAUAUCCUGUUCGACUGCCUCACGGUGCUCGAGCACCUGCUGCUCUUCGCCUCCCUGAAGGCGCUGCGGGGGACCCACCAGGAGCUGCGUGAGCAAGUCCACAGAACUCUUCAGGAUGUGGGGCUGACGCCACACCAGCACCAACAGGCUCGAGUGCUCUCGGGAGGCACGCGAAGAAAGCUGUCCAUUGGCAUCGCCUUCCUGGGUGCGUCGGGGACCGUGGUCUUAGAUGAGCCCACCAGCGGGGUGGACCCAUGCUCCCGCCGUGGCAUCUGGGACAUCCUCCUCAAGUACCGACGAGGUCGGACGAUCAUCUUCACCACUCACCACCUGGACGAGGCUGAGGCACUGAGUGACCACGUGGCCGUGCUUCAGCGGGGGCGGCUCCGCUGUUCCGGGCCCCCUGCCAGCCUGACCCAGGCCCAUGCCCAGGGGCUCCGCCUGAUGCUCAGCAGGCAGCCUUCUGUUCCAGAGGCUGAUGACCCGAAGGACACAGCUUGUGCCACGUCUCUGAUCCAGGCCUACCUCCCGCAAGCAUCUCUUCAAGGCAGCAGCCAGGGCGAGCUGAGCUACAUGAUCCCUGAGGGUGCAGACAGAGCCUGCUUCAGAGGGCUCUUCCAGGCCCUCGACCAGAACCUCCACCAGCUGCGCCUGACAGGUUAUGGGCUCUCAGACACCACCUUAGAAGAGGUGUUUCUGCAUCUUUUGCAAGAUUCCAAGAAGCAACCUGAUACUGCCCUGAGCUUGGAGUCGGCACCCCCAGAGCCUGGUCCUGGCCACUACCGCACACCUACUGGCACCCCCCUGGUGCGGGGUGGCCCCCUACUCCUGGCACAGACAGCUGCCCUCCUGCGGAAGCGGCUUCUUCACGCUGUCCGGGCCUGGAAGGGCACCGUCUCCGACCUGCUGCUACCCGUGCUCUUCGUGGCCUUGGCCAUGGCCUUGUUCAUGGUCAGGCCUUUGCCCAUCAACUACCCUCCCCUCAAACUGACGCUGGGUCAUUACGACAAGGCAGAGACCUACUUCUUCAGCAGUGAGAAUGAUGGCCUGGAGCUCACCCGGGUGCUUUUGCGGAAGUUUGGGGAUCAGGAUCCGCCCUGUGCUGACGUAUACCCGGACCUGGAGAAUUCUUCCUGCUGGCACACCGACCCCUCCUCUCACUGGGGCAUCCAAGAGUCCUGUGGCUGCCUGAAGUGCCCCAAUGCGAGCACCAGGGCUCCCUACCUGACCAACCGCCUGGGCCACCGGCUUCUCAACCUCUCUGGCCUCCCCCUGGAGGAGUAUUUGCUGGCGCCGACAGAAAAACCGAGGCUCGGAGGAUGGUCUUUUGGAGUACAAAUCCCCAAUCAAGUUCAAGACACAAAUUCAAAUAUGUCAAAACCCCAAAAUCUGGCAAAGGUGUGGUACAACCAGAAAGGCUUCCACUCCCUGCCUUCCUACCUAAAUCAUCUCAACAAUCUUAUUUUGUGGAGGCACUUACCCCCAACCGCAGACUGGAGACAGUAUGGAAUCACGCUCUACAGCCACCCGUAUGGAGGGGCCUUACUGAACGAGGACAAGAUCCUGGAGAGCAUCCGCCAGUGUGGUGUCGCCCUGUGCAUCGUGCUUGGCUUCUCCAUCCUCUCUGCGUCCAUCGGCAGCUCCGUGGUGCGGGACAGGGUGACCGGGGCCAAGCGGCUGCAGCACGUGAGCGGCCUGGGCUACAGGACCUACUGGCUCACACACUUCCUGUUUGACAUGCUCUUUUACUUGGUCUCCGUCUGCCUGUGUGUCUCUGUGAUCAUGGCCUUCCAGCUAACCGCCUUCACUUUCCGGGAGAACCUGGCAGCCACGGCCCUGCUGCUGGUGCUUUUCGGGUAUGCCACUCUUCCCUGGAUGUAUCUCGUCUCGAGGAUCUUUUCCAGCUCGGACGUUGCUUUCAUCUCCUACAUCUCCUUGAACUUCAUCUUUGGCCUCUGUACCAUGAUGAUGACGGUCAUGCCCCAGCUGCUGGCCAUCGUCUCCAAGGCUCAGAAUUUACAGAACAUCUAUGACGUCCUCAAGUGGGUCUUCACUAUUUUCCCUCAGUUCUGCCUGGGUCAGGGGCUGGUAGAACUCUGUUACAAUCAGAUCAGGUAUGACCUGACCCAUAACUUUGGCAUUGACUCCUAUGUGAGCCCAUUUGAGAUGAACUUCCUGGGCUGGAUCUUUGUGCAGUUGGCUGUACAAGGCUCGGUCCUUCUCCUCCUGAGGGUGCUGCUUCACAGAGACCUCUGGCUGCAACCCAGGGGCCACUCUGCCAUUCAAGGCACAGUCACAUCUUCCAAGGACAUAGAUGUUGAAAAAGAGCAAGUGAGGGUGCUGAAAGGCAGAACCAGCAGAGACACUCUGGUGCUGUACAACCUCAGUAAGAAUUACAGGGGCUUCUUCAAGAGCAUGACUGCCGUGCAAGAUAUCAGUUUGGGCGUACGCAGGGGAGAGUGCUUUGGGCUUCUUGGGGUGAACGGGGCUGGGAAAACCACCACUUUCAAAAUGCUGACUGGGGACCUGCCUCCAAGCUCGGGACACGCCGUCGUCAGGACUCCCACGGGAGAGGACGUGAAUCUGUCUCUUGCCGGUGCAGCCGGCAUCCGCGUUGGCUACUGUCCGCAGCAGGACGCCCUGGACGAGCUCCUGACGGGCUGGGAGCACCUGCACUACUACUGCUGCCUCCAUGGGAUUCCAAAGCAGUCCAUCCCCAAGGUGGCUGGGGACCUCGUGAGACGCCUCCACCUAGAAGCCCAUGUGGACAAACCCGUGGCCACCUACAGUGGGGGCACCAAGAGGAAGCUGUCCACAGCCCUGGCCCUGCUGGGGAAACCUGACCUUCUCUUACUGGACGAGCCCAGCUCAGGCAUGGACCCCUGCUCCAAGCGGCACCUGUGGGAGGCACUGAGGAAGGAGGCUGAGGAGGGCUGUGCUGUGGUCCUGAGCUCCCACAGCAUGGAGGAGUGCGAGGCUGUGUGCACAAGGCUUGCCAUCUUGGUCCACGGCAGCUUUCGAUGCCUGGGUUCCCCACAGCACAUCAAAAACAGGAGGUCUCCUGACCUCGCUGGAAGUGGCAGUGAGUAA